AUGUUGCAGGAUGUGACACAAGCAGUAGAGAGCGCAAUUCAGCGCCUUCUGACUGCCCCCAGCAGCACAGAUCCACACACACCUCCCAGAAGAGUCUUCACAGUAAUAGACAACACCCUAAGCCUUCUGUCUCAGGCAGCUCAGGCAACAAGGACGUCUCAGUCCCUAUCAAGGAUGAGCCUGACCCAAAAGGAAAAAGGGUCGAAUUGGAGUCACCAGAACCAUCUAAAACAACCCCAGACACUUCCUGGACAAUCCCACACCCAGGAUCGCCUUGAACUCAACCCAGCGCAGCCCUUCAUCAGGCCAACGCCUGUAGGCCUCCCAAACAUACUUCAAGCAGCAACAACGCAACCAGGAGAAACAGAUGAAGAAAAGGAGGCAAGAACGCUACACAACAUUGCUACCAUCAUGGGCAGAGCCUUAUCUGUCCCACUUCAGAGAACCUUUAGGGGACUGUCCCAAACUCUUGGCCCAGCCCAGGUGAAAUCAAAAAUCCCUGCUCUUGAGAAGUAUGAUGGCAAGAAGGGCCCUGCAGCCAAAUCACUUAUCCUGGAUUGCAAAACCUACUUCCUCAGCAAUGCUUCCUCCUUUCCUGCUGAUCACAAGUAA